AAAAAUUAAUUAAAUCAAUUAAAAAAAAAAACAAAUAAUAAAACAACAUGUUGUUGCAAUUAAUGAAACGUCUUCAAAUAAUUGUAUGGCUGCUGUUGACAUUUAAUUUAACUUUGCUCUAUUCAACAAUUUUAUCAACUGUCACCUUAAUAACACCAACUUUAGCAGCAGCCGAGACAGUAACAAUUUCCUCAACAGCCGCUUUAGCAUCAGCAACAACAACAACCUUUAAAUCUUCAUCGCCCUCCACAACCUCCUCUUCAGUCUCAAAUCACAACAGACGUUUACAUUUACACUUGGAACAUCAUCAAUAUACACAACAACAAUAUCCUGCCUCAUAUCAAAAUUAUCCCUUAACACCACACAUUGCAACUGAAUUUAUGGAUGAAUUUCAUAGUCCAAAUCAAGCGGGUAAGUUUUUCAACAUUUGGCAGAAAUUGUUGGUAAUUAUUUAAUAUUUUAAAUGAUUAAUUAUAUUAAAG